AUGCAUGGGGCCGCACUGGCGUCAACCCUCCUUCAGGGCCUGCUUCACAAUGCCAACGGCCUCCACGGCCACAUCCUGGCCCCGGCGCCACGUAUAGAGAGCCACGCCCUGCGGGCCCAGCAUAUCCUGCGCAUGGGCCAGCCGGCGGCGCCACAUGUCGACCUUUUUUCGGCCGUGCGCACACGCCGUGGCGGCGGCGGCGGCGGCGGCCCAUCGUCGGCGUCCGAGGGCACGCGCGGACUGCUGCGUCCGCUGUUGUUGGCAGUGCUGCUGGCCGAGCCGACGGGUUUGCGAGGCGGCGGCGGCGGAGGGACAAGGCGCGAGGCGGGCGCGGUGGACGUCGUGGGCGAGGGUGCCUGGGCAGACGCAGGCGGUGCGGCAGCGGCGUUCGGCGUGGUCGACGCGGCCAUGGAGCUGCGCAGAGCGAGCGGCUUGGACGGCCGUGGCGGCGGCAGCGGUUUUCGCCCAGUCGUAUGGAGAGAGGCAGAGGACGACGACGCAGAGAGGGGCGGAAUCGUAGACGGGAGGGCGUUGCCGGUGUCGGUGCUGGUGGUGGUGGUCGACGGAGGAUCGUCGUCAAAGUCAAUCAGUGUGCCCAUCACAGGGCCUUGUGCUUCCGGUUCCGGUGCCGGUGCCGGUGCCGGUUUCGGUGGUGCCGUGGCCAUGCCCCGGCUGCUCGGGCGUGGUGACGUCGCGGAUGAAAAUCGCCAGGACGCGGCCGGGGUGGGCGAGGACAAGGUCCGUGUAGACCUCGAGAUCGGCCUCGCCGCUGUCGCCGACCAGCAGAAAGCGGCGGUGCGGGAAGUCGCGCAGAAUCUUCUCGAGGGUGCCGCGCUUGCGCUCCGCGACGGGCUCGAAAAUGCCCUGCAGCAUGCCGCUGUACUGCUUGAGGUGCAGCGGCCCCCGGGGCAGGCCGGCCUGCUUGAAGAAGGUGGUCAGCAUGGGGAACAGCUGCCAGGGGCUGUUGGAGCAGUAGUGGAACUGGACGCCGAGGUCGUGCAGGCUCGUGUACCACGCGCGGGUGCCCUCGACGGCCAUGCCGGCCAGCUCCUUGACAAAGGUGUUGCGGAAGAUCUCGCGCGUCCCGAGCGCAAUGUUGGAGGCCUUGAUGGUGUCGUCAAUGUCGCUGAUGAGGCUGACGCCGCGGUCCUCGACGAGGUCGAUGGGGGCGACGGCGGACAGCGGCUCGGUCAGGCUGUUGACGAGGGCGGUCUCGUUGGCGCUGAUGUUGGCGGCGGACGAAGCGGAAGCGGCCCGCUCGGCACCGGCGCCGCCGUUGCUGCUGGACACGAGCACGCGCACGUGGGUGGGCACAAAAUCGAGGGCGGCGCAGGUCGAGAAGUGGCCGGCGUCCGACGUGGUGACGGUGCGCGACUGCGACUGCGCGUCGUUGUAGAAGAAGAGCGUCACCGGCUGGUCGACGACGGGCGUGGUGAGGAAGGGCCCGAGGCGGGCCAGCAGGUUCGUGUUGGCGGCCACGAGCUCGGCCUCGGUCAGCUCGGGCGUGGCCGAGCCGCCGCCGCUGCCGGACAUUGGCCACGACGACUUGGGCGUCAGUUUGCCAGGUCCUGCCGGGGCCGGUGGGUGCGGCAUCCGUGCGUGGCGAUGGCCGGCCGCGUCGUCCGAACUGCUGUCGUCGUCGUAGCUGGCGGCCGUCUCGGGCGUCUCGCUGUAGCCGCCGCGGUUGGCGACCUCCUUCUCGCCCUGGCCGCGGCGCUCAAUGGCCUCGGCGGCGCGCAUAAUCUUUUGUGUUUCGCGCGCGUUUUCGCCCGAUCCCGAUCCCGAUCCCGCGUGUCCGUCCGGCGAGGCCGUCGCCACGCUGGCGUCUUGUCCCGUCGCGACGGGCGCCCACUGGUUCGGCGCCGGAAUGCCACUCAGCCGGCGGGCCAGGCCUAUCAGGAUGCGGUUCUUGCGCGUCAGCGGGCCGCGGUUGGCCAGGUACAGCCAGCCGUGCACGUUGACGUCCACGACGGCCUUUUCGUCUUCGAGACGCGCAAACGCCUGGUGCCAGUCGGGCGGCGCGUCCGGGUGGCGGCCGACCUGCAUGCGCUCGCUGGACGAGUCGGUGUCGUCGCCUCGCUCGCGGUCGCCGUCGCCGUCGCCGUCGCCGUCGUGCCACGGGCCAGCGGCCACACUUUUCCCAUACUUGCGCACGUGCCGCUUUGCGUACAUGGGGAACAGCACCAUCUGGGCAUCGCCGCCCGUGGCAAACGACACGUCGGGGAACGCGCCGGGUAUGUGGGGCGGCCGGUCGUCGUCCCGGUCGCCGGUCGCCGAUCCGCCGUCGCCGUCGCGCACCGCCCGCGACGUGUUGUACUGGUCGCGGAUCUCGCUGGCCGCGGCCACGCCGGCGCGGUAGACAUUGUUGGCGAGCGCAGCAAAGCGGCGGCGGCGGGAGCCGCGCUCGGCGGCGCCGUCGUUGCCGUUGUUGCCGCUGCCGCUGCCGUUGUUGUUGUACGCGUUUUGCAUGGCGAGGGGGAGGAGGCGCGCGGUCAGUUGCUGUUCACGGAGCCGCCGGCGACGCGCGGCGCGGUCCACCACAAACCGGUAGAGACGAGUGUGCGCGCGCUGGCGGUAGCGAGGGAGCGUCUCGAGACGGAAGCGGACGUAGCGCUCGCGGAGAGGAACGCGUGGCGGAGGACCCAGGGCAGCUGUACUGCGGGCAGCGCGGUAGCCGGCGAGGAACGAGGCCUUGGAGCGGAGGAGGUGGCUGACGAUGGAGGAAGGCGAGGAAGCAGUCGAUUCUGUGGAUGGCGAUGGCGAUGGCGAUGGCGAUGA